AUGCAAAUAUCAGGCAAAGUGGUUUUUAUCACAGGGGCCGCUCAAGGCCUGGGAAAGGCUUAUGCUGAAGCCCUGCUGGAACAUGGCGCAAAAGUUGCCUUUGGAGAUGUCAACGCUGCUCUUGGAACGGCCACGUACCAGGAGUUUCAGCGACGGUUUGGUGAAGAGAACGUCGCAUUUUUUGUGUUUGACGUCACCGAUCACAACCAGUUUCGAGAUGCCUUUAAUGCGGCCGUGUCAAUCUUUGGACACGUUGAUGUGUUUGUCAAUAAUGCAGGGAUCAUGGACGAGUCCAAGUGGGAGCUGAUGAUCAGAAUAAACUACACUGCUGUUGUGUUUGGUACAAGACUGGCGAUUGAGCACAUGAGGAAAGACAAAGGAGGACGUGGAGGUCGGAUCAUCAACAUCAGUUCAAGGGUAGCUUUAUUCGAAAACAUCUAUGUCCCUGUGUACUGCGGGACCAAGCAUGCAGUCCGGAGUUAUACGUCAUCACUGUCGCAACAGCCUAACAUGGAAGAGCUCGGCGUUGAGUUUGCUACCUUCUGCCCUGGUGGAACCGUCACUGAGCUGAUGUUGAACAGUGAAAAUAAGGUUCAGUUCUUUGAUGAGUUCAAGAGAAUACACCUUGACAACUUGUUAGAGACGUCUAUCGUGGUGAAUGCCUUCAUGGAACUGGUGCAGCUGGAGAAGAUGAACGGAGCAAUCCUGUUGAUUGCGCUUGAACAGGGAAAAUACUACAGGAAGAUGCAAAAUGUCGUCUGCGCAUAG